UCUCCAAUACUAUUCAUGCUGGCUUCCUCUCCAGCAGUACCUAGGGAGGUCUGUCAGCAACCUGAGGAUGGUUGUGGGGCUCCCCUGGGCUCUGCCCAGUUUCCUCUCACAUUAAUGCUGGCUGUCGUCGUAUAAAUGAAAUAUUCUUGAGUACCGUAUGGAAUAAAACACCAGUAAAAUAAUAAAUAAAUAAAUAUUUUAGUUGAUAUUAUACAUGUAUGUUGAUUUGUAUAACUGAAACUUAAAUUACAUGUACAUGUAUGUUGAUUUGUCUAACCCAUGCCUAAAUUACAUAUGCAUGUAUGUUGAUUUGUAUAAUCCAUGCCUAAAUUACAUAUGCAUGUAUGUUGAUUUGUAUAACCCAUACCUAAAUUACAUAUAUAUGUAUGUUGAUUUGUAUAACCCAGGCCUAAAUUACAUAUGCAUAUAUGGUUAAUGGUUGUUGAAACAGGAACUCAGCAUUUUGGGUUUUAGUUGUAAUUCCCACCCAGUAGCAAUAAUCCAAAAUUUCCUCUCAAGUGUUUGCUUGUUUAAACUUCAACAAAUUGCACAUUUUAUAUGGGUGAUGCACCUGUGUAUGUUUGUAAUUUCAGUGGAUCUGUUUGUGAUCUAUGUUGGACAUCAAGAGUCUCAACACCUGUCUGAGAACAAGCUCUUUGACCCUUGUUUGGCCUCUGUGAGGAAGCAUCCCAUCUUGAAACGACUGUCAGCUACUGGUCGAGUGAUGUCCAUCAACCAAGAAUUCACCAAACACCAGCGAGAACAGCUCAAGAAAGCCUUCAGAAAUUUAUAAUAUUAAUGUGCCGAGAGUGUAGUUGUCUGCACUUUCUGAUUAACGGCUGUGUGCUGUUUCUUUUAUUUUUUGGGGAUUUGUGAAGCAAGGAAAGUCUACACAGUGGCUUUCUGGUCGCUACAAUGUUUACAAUGAAGAAAGAAUGAUUUUGUGAACAUUUACUUAACAGGAGUGUAUGGAACACUUUUGAUGAAAUAAUUUAUGAGUUACAUGACAGAUGUUUCAUGUAUGCUUUUCCCUGCAAAAAGGGGUUGGGUUUGUGACUUUCGUUAAUAAAAAAAUCUGUGUGGUUUAAUGUUUUUUUUUUUUUAAACUCAGUAAUCAAACCAGGAAGGGCCUGGUGGCAGACAAGGUGUGCCCAAUGGUGUUAUUUAUUGCAGCUGUUCAAGACAACACUACUUGUGGAAAUUGUUCACGUGAAGUUGAACUUUGCGUUUUGUACAGAAGAGUAUUUAUCUAUUCUAUUGAAUGUUAAAGUGUUAGCUAGGUUGCUCUAAAGUUUAUAUUUAAUGUUACAUUUUUAUGAUCUCUUACAACUCUUUACCUUGGAACAGGCUCCUGUUUUGAUUUGACUUCUCUAUUAGCAGGUGGUUUACUCUUAUGGAGUUAGUCAGUAGGCCCUAUAUCUCCAAACGUACCUGCUGUGGUUACUGUGUACAUCCAGUAUAAAGCUUACUUUUGCUUUUCAAGAAUUUAUUGUGAAUGUUUUACGUUGUCAAAUCAAGUGACAUCGCUUUAUAAUGGACCAACCAGAAAAGUGAUUUGAAAAUUGUAGGAUAUGAAAUAGUGCCAUCGUAACAGGAGUUAAACUGUUGUUAUUUUGAGAGAUAUCUAGUUCAGUGUGGAAAACAUAUUGUAAUGAGAACAAUAAAUGUUGCAGGGAAUUAUUUGAAACCGUCAUUAAUCGUUUAUUUUUGCGAAGGCUGGAGGUGGGUUGAAGUUUUAUGGGUACUUUAAAAAUAUACGAAGAGAAAGAAGCAAGAAUUUAUGUUGAAGAUGCUUAUAAACUGUUUUUUUUUUUAAUUUUAUUUUAGACAAGAUAGCAUACACUGUUCUUCCAUGUAGUUAGUGCAUUCAAGUUGUAUUUUAUUUGAUCUCAAAGCAUUCACCUUGAAGUGGUCUGCAUGUUUUAACCAAAGCUUACAACUCUGUAUUGAAGAAUUAUUUUAUAGCUUUUGAUUUUAAUGGUUAAUUAUUAUUUUAUUUGGUGUUGACCUUUCCGUCAUGCCGCCCAGAACUUUGUAAACAGCCACAAAGGAAUCAUUUUCUUUGCAAUGUACAAUAAGCGUGAUUUGAUUUGUUAUAUUGUUAUUCAAGGGUGUUCAUAAGUGGGUGGUCUCUGAGCAGAACUAUUUGAAAGCUAACACCACCAAAAAUAUGUCUCCCAAAUGAAAUAAAUAUCUUACAAACCAAAAAAAAAAAAAAUAAAUAAAUAAAACAGCUUCCAAAUUGAAUGAACUUUGCCCAAACUGAAUAAGCACCACAGUUCCCGAUAGAAUAACCAUCCCCCAAGCAAAAUAAACACCUCCCCACUCCCAAACGGAAUAAGCACCCUCCUUCCCCACCCAACUAACGGAAUAAUCAUCUCCCGCCUAAAGCUCUAGUGUGAAAGAAGCAACUUCAACGAGUUAAGCAUCCCGAGAGCAACUGUCACCUAGCACCCACCUGAAAUAGGGGAUCGGAUUUACCUGAGUACAUGUGAAUGACAAACUAAUCGUCCAAUUCGGGUUUGGAGAUGCUUAUUGAGUAUGGGAGAUUGUUAUUUGAUUUGUUGGAUGUUUAUUCAGUUUGCGAAAUGUUUUUCUCAUAUUUGGGUUUGCCUUUCAUACACAACUGGCGGACUAAUGGCGUUCUGAGGUCAUGUUCACAAAACUUCGUAAAUCAAAUUUCUUGAAACUUUUAUCCCAUGGGAUAUUCUCUCGGGUAUAGCGCGUUAAGGCAUCGUGACUUACGAGAAAAAUAACGAAAGAAUUGAUCUACGUAGUUUUGUGAAAAUGAAAUCAGAACGGCAGAUGGUAGCUUUCCCCUCUGCAAGGCAUCCAGAACUGCAUCAUAUGUCAUUUGAAAGCAUGCAUCAAACACCGUAAACAUUGUGCACAUUGCUGAUCGAGUGCUAACAAAAAAGUAUGAUUUAUGUAAAUGGUAUACAUGUAGAAAUUUUCUGCGGAGUUAAUGGUUCGUUUUCACACACUUACAGGUGUAUCAGUUAAAUGUACGUUUUAAAGGUUUGUUACAACAUGCUUCAGUAUAUUAAUAUUUUGCAGCUUAUAGCUUUUAUCUCGUGAGACAUAACUGUCUUAUCAACACAGCGUGAAUGUAAUGGGCAUUUGUGUGAACUACACAGGGCUGUAUUCCAUUUUUGGGGUUAUAUCGGCGAGAAUCGCCAGAGACCCAUAAUAGAGGCAUGAAAAAAUGUGAAGAAAUUGCCGAAAGUAGUUUCACCCAAGUAUGACGUGUCGGUGCACUUAACAAACUAGACCGUGUGUUAUGAUUAAACAUUAGCUUACUUUCGUGAUGUGUCUUAAUUGUUUUAUUGGGAUUUAUAUGGUAUGAUUAUACAUUGAAUAAACAUUUUAAUUAUGUUGGGAUUCGUGCUUUCAUUUCUUAUUCGUUUAGUUUCGUGUCACGAAAGGUUAUCGAAUGCGCUGGUGCAAUUUGAGGAUCGUGACGGUAAAUGUCAAAUACUCGUCGGUAUAUUUUUGAUUGCCUCGGAUAGCGUAUAUAGCGAAAAGAAUUACACCAUGUAAGGUAGCCAACGUUCAAGUAUUUAACAGUUCUUAAUAAUAUUAAAGCCUACCUUACCGCAAUCGAGAUCUUUGAAAGUCACCAAAAUGGUGAAAAUAAAGAAUUUGAAAGCUAUCAGACGACGGGUACGCCAUUUGACCUUGACCCCUGUCCUACAAAUAAGGUGCGUGCAAAAUAAAUGCGAUUUAAAAUUAGAUGAUACGCUUCUAAAAUUAAAACAGAGCGUACUGUAUACGCAUGACGAUUUGUGUGUAAGCCUAAAUUUCAGAAAGCUAUCGCGUACAUGCGAGGUUUAAAGCAAACAGUCCUUUCAAAAUCGAAAGUAGGUCUCCAGAGUUGUUAACUGGCGCGACACUCUCCACAACGUGUUGGUUGUCAGAAACUGCAGUGUAGUGUUUCGUCAUAUGCUUUCGGCAUACUAACGUCAUAUUGUACGUAUGUGUAUCACUGCAUGCGCACCGCGCUGGAAUCUUGUACAGUUGGAAGAAUAGAACUCAGUGUGUCAACUAGUACAUCUGCCUUCCUUACCUUACUACUUAAUUAAUUCAUAUCCAUCUUACGGAUAUACCAUAUCUUGCGGUAAGCAAGAACCUUACGUCCAUACACUAUGACUUCACGCCUGCUUCGGCUGCACUCGAGAUGGCUUGUGCGGGGAUUGAUGCACUUGUCUCAUUCUCACCAACUCUCGACGAACCGACCAUACCCUGGCCGCACUGGAAAAACGUCUGUUUGAAAAUUGCCUGCGUGCUGGUGACACAAAACAUGCUUCAGCUGAUCGGAAAAAGGCUAUUCUCUUACAUUCACUCGGAGCUGAGGGACAAAGAGUGUUCUGCACACUGCCCUUACAAGGUGAAGACUCCGACAGUUCUUGCUCGAGAGAAAUGGCUACCCUCUAGAUACAUUUCGCCCACACGCAGAGAAGUAUGAGUGAGAACAUUCCAGAGGAUAAAAAAGACGUCAAUCCUAAACCUGACAGUUCCUUGUCAGAGGACGACAUCAAUAAACUCGUCGCACUUCUGAAGAAAAAGAUGCAGGUCAUCACAAUAAUUACCAGUGGCGCAACAGGUCUUAUCACUAGCUUUCUAGUAUUAAUCACUUACAAAACUUUACAACCUCCAGUCAUUGGCUCAAAUGGCACACUGGAACCAUCUCAUGAGUUAUCUGCCCCUGCCUGGGAGAGGAAUAGCUCCCUGGUGAUUUUUACGACAAAGGACAGAACUUUUAGCUUUGAUUUGGAAAGUGUCAGCCAGGGUGACUCAUUUGUCAAUUUUCAAAAAAGUCUAAUGAACCAGUUUAAGGAGGACCUAAUGGACGUAAACAGAACACUAAGUUAUCUGCAAGUAGCUUUGACUAACAUAUCUGAACAUUGUGAUGACAAAACUGGAAGCUUAGAAUCUGCUUUGAAAGGUCUCACGGCUUUAAACCAGUCCAUAACGGGACAAAACCUGAGACUGGAUACUCUUAACAUCACGUUGCUUGUGGUACAGAACACCUCUCAGCUACUAAAGAUAGAUCAACUGGAAUUGCUGGAACGGCUGAUAGAGAAUAAUGCCACACUGCAUGAUGUGAUUGAACAUCUGCGCAAUCUGGAUCAGUCCGUUGAGCAACAUGGACAGAAAGCCAACAAAGCAUAUGACCGAAGUCUGCUGGCCAGUGCAGAGAUGUAUUCAAUGGGGAUUUCUGCCUCAUGGAUCCUGUACUCCAUUGUGAUAGGACUACUGAUAGAGCUGCCGAUCACCCUUUUUUGCAUGAAGGUGGCUGCUUGCCAACAGAGGGCCUAAUCCUGCUGUAAUCCCUCCAGGAAUGGAUCAAGCUGCAUCAGUGCACCAUAACAGAACGUCAGAGACAGUACAGAAACCAGAAGUAAAGACAGAUUUCCUAGUCUUGAAGGAUGCAGGUAACUUUGAUAGGAAUGGACCGUCGGACUCUCAAUUCCUGCAAAAAGCUGGUUACUAGUCUGACAAAGGACAUGGGGAUUGAAGUGAGGAAUGAACUGGUUAAGGAACCUGUUGACCUAAAGAAUAUCACAUGGUCAAAGGUCAUGUUACUGCUGGUAGAUAACAAUGAGAGAGAUGUGAUACUAGAAGAGCCUAACCUUCUUCAAGGUCAGAAUAAGGUGAAGAUAGCCGAGGCAGCCAUCAGCAAUGGAGUGGAUCUGUUUGUGAUCUAUGUUGGACAUCAAGAGUCUCAACACCUGUCUGAGAACAACCUCUUUGACCCUUGUUUGGCCUCUGUGAGGAAGCAUCCCAUCUUGAAACUACUGUCAGCUAAUGGGCGAGUGAUGUCCAUCAAGCAAGAAUUCACCAAACAUCAGCAAAAACAGCUCAAGAAAGCCUUCAGGAAUUUUUAAUAUUAAUGUGCCGAGAGUAUAGUUGUCUGCACUUUCUGAUUAACGGCGGUGUGUUGUUUCUUUUAUUUUUUUUUGAUUUGUGAAGCAAGGAAAGUCUACACUUGCUUUCUGGUCGCUGCAAAGUUUACAAUGAAGAAAGAAUGACUUUGUGAACAUUUACUUAACAGGAGUGUAUGGAACACUUUUGAUGAAAUAAUUUAUGAGUUACAUGACAGAUGUUUCAUGUAUGCUUUUCCCUGCAAAAAGGGGUUGGGUUUGUGAUUUUGGUUAAUAAAAAAAUCUGUGUGGUUUAAUGUUUUUUUUUUAAACUCAGUAAUCAAACCAGGAAGGGCCUGGUGGCAGACAAGGUGUGCCCAAUGGUGUUAUUUAUUGCAGCUGUUCAAGACAACACUACUUGUGGAAAUUGUUCACGUGAAGUUGAACUUUGCGUUUUGUACAGAAGAGUAUUUAUCUAUUCUAUUGUAUGUUAAAGUGUUAGCUAGGUUGUUCUAAAGUUUAUAUUUAAUGUUACAUUUUUAUAAUCUCUUACAACUCUUUACCUUGGAAUAGGCUCCUGUUUUGAUUUGACUUCUCUAUUAGCAGGUGGUUUUACUCUUAUGGAGUUAAUCAGUAGGCCCUAUAUCUCCAAACGUACCUGCUGUGGUUACUGUGUACAUCCAGUAUAAAGCUUACUUUUGCUUUUCAAGAAUUUAUUGUGAAUGUUUUACGUUGUUAAAUCAAUUGACAUCGCUUUAUAAUGGACCAACCAGAAUAGUGAUUUGAAAAUUGUAUGAUAUGAAAUAGUGCCAUCGUAACAGGAGUUAAACUGUUGUUAUUUUGAGCGAUAUCUAGUUCAGUGUGGAAAACAUAUUGUAAUAAGAACAAAUAAAUGUUGCAGAGAAUUAUUUGAAACCGUCAUUAAUCGUUUAUUUUUGCGAAGGCUGGAGGUGGGUUGAAGUUUUAUGCGUACUUUAAAAAUAUACGAAGAGAAAGAAGCAAGAAUUUAUGUUGAAGAUGCUUAUAAACUGUUUUUUUUUUUAAAUUUUAUUUUAGACAAGAUAGCAUACACUGUUCUUCCAUGUAGUUAGUGCAUUCAAGUUGUAUUUUAUUUGAUCUCAAAGCAUUCACCUUGAAGUGGUCUGCGUGUUUUAACCAAAGCUUACAACUCUGUAUUGAAGAAUUAUUUUAUAGCUUUUGAUUUUAAUGGUUAAUUAUUAUUUUAUUUGGUGUUGACCUUUCCGUCAUGCCACCCAGAACUUUGUAAACAGCCUCAAGGCAAAUCAUUUUCUUUGCAAUGUACAAUAACCGCCAUGAUUUGUUAUAUUGUUAUUCAAGGGUGUUCAUAAGUGGGUGGUCUCUGAGCAGAACUAUUUGAAAGCUAACACCACCAAAAAUAUGUCUCCCAAAUGAAAUAAAGAUCUUACAAACCAAAAAAAAAAAAAUAAAUAAAUAAAACAGCUUCCAAAUUGAAUGAACUUUGCCCAAACUGAAUAAGCACCACAGUUCCCGAUAGAAUAACCAUCCUCCAAGCAAAAUAAACACCUCCCCCCUCCCAAACGGAAUAAGCACCCUCCUCCCCCACCCAACUAACGGAAUAAUCAUCUCCCGCCUAAAGCUCUAGUGUGAAAGAAGCAACUUCAACUGAGUUAAGCAUCCCGAGAGCAACUGUCACCUAGCACCCACCUGAAAUAGAGGAUCGGAUUUACCUGAGUACAUUUACCUGAGUACAUGUGAAUGACAAACUAAUCGUCCAAUUCGGUUUUGGAGAUGCUUAUUGAGUAUGGGAGAUUGUUAUUUGAUUUGUUGGAUGUUUAUUCAGUUUGCGAAAUGAUUUUCUCAUAUUUGGGUUUGCCUUUCAUACGCAACUGGCGGACUAAUGGCGUUCUGAGGUCAUGUUCACAAAACUUCGUAAAUCAAACUUUUUGAAACUUUUAUCCCAUGGGAUAUUCUCUCGGGUACAGCGCGUUAAGGCAUCGUGACUUACGAGAAAAAUAACGAAAAAAUUGACCUACGUAGUUUUGUGAAAAUGGCAGAUGGUAGCUUUCUCGUCUGCAAGGCAUCCGGAACUGCAUCUUAUGUCAUUUGAAAGCAUGCAUCAAACACCGUAAACAUUGUGCACAUUGCUGAUCGAGUGCUAACAAAAAAGUAUGAUUUAUGUAAAUGGUAUACAUGUAGAAAUUUUCUGCGGAGUUAAUUGUUCGUUUUCACACAGUUACAGGUGUAUCAGUUAAAUGCACGUUUUAAAGGUUUGUUAUAACAUGCUUCAGUAUAUUAAUAUUUUGCAGCUUAUAGCUUUUAUCUCGUGAGACAUAACUGUCUUAUCAACACAGCGUGAAUGUAAUGGGCAUUUGUGUGAACUACACAGGGCUGUAUUCCAUUUUUGGGGUUAUAUCGGCGAGAAUCGCCAGAGACCCAUAAUAGAGGCAUGAAAAAAUGUGAAGAAAUUGCCGAAAGUAGUUUCACCCAAGUAUGACGUGUCGGUGCACUUAACAAACUAGACCGUGUGUUAUGAUUAAACAUUAGCUUCCUUUCGUGAUGUGUCUUAAUUGUUUUAUUGGGAUUUAUAUGGUAUGAUUAUACAUUGAAUAAACAUUUUAAUUAUGUUGGGA